AUUCCAUAUUAUUAUGGAAUUAUAAUAAAGUAUUAAGUAAUAUUAUUUAAAUGAUUGAUGUUGAAUGUUUACGAAAUUAAGUUUACUUCGUAAGAUAACAAAAAUGUCUUCUAUUCCAUUUAUUGAUAUCGGAGCAAAUUUGACAGAUCCCAUGUUUAAAGGAAUAUACAAUGGUAAUAAAAAGCAUAAAGAAGAUUUAGUUAAUGUUUUGGAACGUGCUUGGAAAAAUGAUAUUAAAAAGAUUAUUAUAACUAGUGGCAGUUUAGAUGACUCCAUUGAAUCUUUAAAGAUAGCAUCAUUGAGUGAAAAUCUUUACUGCACUGUUGGUUGUCAUCCAACACGCUGUGAUGAGUUUAUUAAAGCUCAAAGUCCUGAAUCAUAUUUAAAUAGUUUAUCAGACUUGAUAAAAAAUAAUCGUUCAAAAGUAGUAGCUAUAGGAGAAUGUGGACUUGAUAAUCAACGAUUACAUUUUUGCUCCAAAGAAAUCCAAGAAAAUUAUUUUGAAAUGCAGUUAAAAUUAAGUGAAGAGUUUAAUCUACCAUUAUUUUUGCACUGCCGUGAUGCAGCUCCUACAUUUUUAGAAAUAUUGAAGAGAAAUUCAAAUUUUAUAAAAUCAGGAGGUGUUGUGCAUUCUUUUGAUGGAAGUUUAAAAGAGGCUGAAGAUAUAAUUAACUUAGGGUUUUAUAUUGGUAUUAAUGGAUGUUCAUUACGGACAGAGGAUAAUUUAAAAACAGUACGAGAGUUGCCCAUAAAUCGUUUGAUGCUGGAAACAGAUUGUCCGUGGUGUGAAGUAAAACAAACACAUCCUUCUUAUUCUUAUGUACAAACUAAAUUUAAUUCAGUGAAAAAAGAAAAAUUUAUUGAUGGUUCUAUGGUCAAAGGAAGAAAUGAACCAUCAACUAUUAAACAAGUCUUUGAAGUAUUAGCUUCACUGAAAAAUGAAGACCCUGUUUACUUAGGAAAUCAAAUAUAUCAAAAUACUAUGGAUCUAUUUUUUAAACAUAGAUAGUUUUCAAACUAUCUAAUAAUUAGGCAUUAAUAUUUUUUAUUAAUAGUGCAUAUGUUUCUCAGAAAAUAUAUAUUUAUAUAAUA